UUGUGCGGACGGAGCGGAGGUGUAUCUGCUGUUGUUGUUGCCGGAGAGUGUGUGUGUGUGUGGAUGUGUGUGAGUGAGAAGCUCCGGCCAAGGUUACUGCGGGUGUGUGCGUCUGAAAGCAGCCGGAGAAAAGUGCGCGUCCGUGGAAAGCAUGGCUCUACUGCAACAAAGGGAAAGUCACAGGCGGAAAGUUUAAGGCUUGAAGGAGCUGCACAGAUUUCCACUCCAGAACCCGAACACAAACUGAGGAGCGAUGCACUUCGGUAAAUGGGAUUUGUUGUUUAUUUUCCUGUGGUGUAAACUGGUGUGGCUGGCGCAUUCUUACACCGUUCACAUCAGUGAGGAUGCGGGGCCACGGACGCUGGUGGCCGGCGUGGAGCAGGGCGCACGGUGUACUUUGGAUCAGGUACUCGCUCCUAAAUUCACGGAGCGGUUUCUGGAGACAGACGCAUCCCAGGGCAUUGUGUUUACUUCAGACUCUAUAAAGUGCUCCUCUUUGCGCUCCAACCCCUUCACCGUGUACACUGUGGCGGACUGCGCGGACGCGUCCUCCGGGUACAGACACCUCCUCACCGGCCAGUACGAUGUGCACGUCCACGGAAGGAACUGUUCAAACAAGCGUAAAAGAACACCUCAGUGGGACCUGGAGGUGCUCAGUUUGUUCAGCAGUCACAGCCGCUCACAAUGCCACCAAGCCGGCUCUGCGUUAUUUCCAGUGGGGGGUCUGUUACCAGGGGCCCCGAUGCGCUGCAGAGUCUCCAACAGCCGGAACUUUUACUACUCUGAGGGGGACCUGUUUGUGUCUGACACUCUGUGCUGGAGGCAGGACACUCUCCUAGAGCUGGACCUGCUCUGUGAUGUACUGACAGGGAAAGGACUGAAUGCUAAAGUGACCCCCGUGUCCAUCCACUGGCGUGUGGGGCAGGGGCCCUUCAGACAGGGCCAUCUGGGGAAGCUGUUAGAAAAGGCAGCUCAGUCUGAUGCAGGGAUUGUGAGCAGGAGGAGGAGGAGAAGCAUCAACAGCAGCCCCCAGUUCCAGCCCCCAAUGUACCAAGUGUCUGUGGCAGAGAAUAAGCCGGCUGGGACUCCUGUUGUUGUUCUGAAAGCAGUGGAUGUGGAUGAGGGGGAGGCGGGCAGGCUGGAGUAUUUCAUAGAGGCCCUCUUUGAUAGUCGCUCCAAUAAUCUCUUUGCUGUGGAUGCAGCCAGUGGGGAAGUGUCCACAGUGGAGGUUUUGGACAGGGAGACAAAAGACACUCAUGUUUUCCGUGUGACCGCUGUUGACCAUGGCACGCCCAGGCGUACAGCCAUGGCCACUCUCACCAUCACAGUCAGUGACACAAAUGAUCACAGUCCUGUUUUUGAGCAGCAGGACUAUAAGGAAAGCAUCAGGGAGAAUCUAGAGAUAGGAUAUGAAGUUUUGACUGUGAGGGCCACAGAUGGGGAUGCACCUGUUAAUGGUAACAUCCUCUAUCACAUUCUCAACAGUAAUGGCUCCAAUGAUGUGUUUGAGAUUGAUUCCAGGUCUGGUGUAAUCCGCACUAAAGGCCUGGUAGAUCGAGAGGCGGUAGAGGCUUACAUGCUGUUAGUUGAAGCAAAUGACCAAGGUCGUGACCCCGGGCCCCGCAGCGCCACAGCCACUGUUCACAUUGUGGUGGAGGAUGAUAAUGAUAACGCCCCCCAGUUUAGUGAGAAACGCUAUGUGGUCCAGGUUCCAGAGGACAUGACACCGAACACAGAGAUCCUGCAGGUUACAGCCACAGAUGAGGACAGAGGAAGUAACGCUGUUGUUCAUUUCAGCAUCAUGAGUGGAAACACCAGAGGGCAGUUUUAUAUCGACGCUCAGACAGGUAAAAUGGACCUGGUGAGCCACUUGGAUUAUGAGGCAAACAAAGAAUACACGCUGAGAAUCAGAGCUCAGGAUGGAGGACGCCCCCCUCUGUCGAACAUCAGUGGUCUGGUCACAGUGCAGGUGUUGGAUGUUAAUGACAAUGCCCCUAUUUUUGUCAGUACCCCCUUCCAGGCCACCGUGCUAGAAAACGUGCCUCUGGGAUACUCUAUCAUCCACAUCCAAGCUGUAGAUGCUGACUCUGGGGAAAACUCCAGACUGGAGUAUCGGCUCACUGAAACCACGCCAAACUUCCCCUUCAGCAUCAACAACAGCACAGGCUGGAUUGUAGUGGCAGCCGAGUUGGACAGGGAGAGUGUAGACUUUUACAACUUUGGAGUGGAGGCUCGUGAUCACGGCUACCCGGUCAUGUCCUCCUCAGCCAGCAUUAGCAUGACUAUUCUGGAUGUGAAUGACAACAACCCCGAGUUCACUCAGAAAGCCUAUUACAUGCGACUGAAUGAGGAUGCAGCCGUGGGGACCAGUGUGGUGACGGUGUCAGCUGUGGAUCAGGACAUCAAUAGUGUAGUGACAUAUCAGAUAUCCAGUGGUAACACCCGAAACAGAUUCUCCAUCACAAGCCAGAGUGGAGGAGGCCUCAUUACACUGGCAUUGCCUUUAGAUUACAAGCUGGAACGUCAAUAUGUCCUCACUGUCACUGCCAGUGAUGGUACACGCUUUGACACGGCUAAAGUGUUUGUAAAUGUCACAGAUGCCAACACACACCGGCCUGUGUUCCAGAGCUCACAUUACACUGUCAACAUCAAUGAAGACAGGCCCGUGGGCACCACUGUGGUGGUUAUAAGUGCCACAGAUGAAGAUACAGGUGAGAACGCACGCAUCACCUACUUCAUGGACGACAGCAUCCCUCAGUUUGACAUUGAUCCGGACUCUGGUGCUGUCACCACACAGAUAGAGCUGGACUAUGAGGACCAGGUGUCCUACACGCUCGCCAUCACUGCCCGAGACAACGGCAUCCCUCAGAAGUCUGACACCACCUAUCUGGAGAUUCUGGUGAAUGAUGUAAAUGACAACUCCCCCCGGUUCCUCAGAGACCACUAUGUGGGCUCAGUGAUGGAGGAUGUGCCAGUGUUCACCAGUGUGGUCCAGGUUUCUGCCACUGAUCGAGACUCUGGGCUUAAUGGCCGUGUCUUCUAUACCUUUCAAGGUGGGGAGGAUGGUGAUGGAGAUUUUAUAAUUGAAUCCACAUCUGGGAUUGUUCGCACUCUGCGCAGAUUAGACAGAGAAAAUGUACCUGUUUAUAACCUGCAGGCUUAUGCUGUAGAUAAAGGUCUGCCUCCUCUGAAAACACCAAUAAACCUCCAAGUAACAAUCCUAGAUGUGAAUGACAACCCCCCUGUGUUUGAGAAAGAUGAAUUUGACAUUCUGGUGGAGGAAAACAGCCCCAUAGGUGUUGUAGUUGCACAUAUAUUAGCUUCAGAUCCAGACGAAGGCAGUAAUGCUCAGAUUAUGUACCAGAUAGUGGAGGGAAACAUCCCUGAGGUGUUCCAGCUGGAUAUCUUCUCCGGUGAACUGACUGCAUUAAUAGACCUGGACUAUGAGACGAGAUCUGAGUAUGUCAUCGUGGUUCAGGCCACUUCUGCUCCUCUUGUCAGCCGCGCCACCGUCCACAUUAAACUUGUCGACAAGAACGACAACAUCCCUGUGCUCAAAAACUUUCAGAUUAUAUUCAACAACUAUGUGACGGACAAGGCCAACAGCUUUCCUACCGGAGUGAUCGGUCGCAUCCCUGCCCACGACCCCGACGUCUCCGAUCAGCUUCACUACAGCUUUGAGAUGGGCAACGAGUUGAAUCUGGUCCUCCUGAACCAAACAACAGGGGAGAUCCAGCUGAGCCAGGCCCUGGAUAACAACAGACCCCUGGAGGCCUCCAUGAGGAUCUCAGUGUCAGAUGGCGUCCAUUCAGUGUCGGCUCAGUGUCUUCUCCAGGUCACCAUCAUCACAGAUGAAAUGUUGUCCAACAGCAUCACGCUGCGUCUGGCCAACACCUCCCAGGAGCACUUCCUGUCCCUGCUGCUUGCUCAGUUUCUGGAUGGUGUGGCCCGUGUCCUGUCUGCUGCCCCUGAAGACGUCGUCAUCUUCAACAUCCAGGACGACACAGACGUGAGCGCUCGCAUCCUGAAUGUCAGCCUGUCUGUAGCCGUUCCCGUCCCAGAUGAGGUCCACCAUCGGUCAGGAUCGUCCACUCAUGGAACAGACAGACCUGGCAGAGGGCUCGAGGUCGGCAGUGCGGAGUUUUUCGGCUCUGAAGAACUUCAGGAGCGGCUGUAUUUGAACCGCAGCCUGCUCGCUCAGAUCUCCUCUCAGGAAGUUCUUCCAUUUGACGACAACAUCUGCCUGCGAGAACCUUGUGAGAACUACAUGAAGUGUGUGUCUGUGCUGAAGUUCGACAGCCUGGCUCCGUUUGUUGCAUCUGACACCAUCCUGUUCAGACCCAUCCACCCCAUCGCCGGGCUGCGCUGCCGCUGUCCCACCGGCUUCACUGGAGAUUACUGCGAGACCGAGAUCGACCUGUGUUAUUCCAAACCCUGCGGAGCCCACGGUGUGUGUCGCAGCCGAGAGGGAGGAUACACCUGCGAAUGCUUCGAGGAUUACACAGGCGAACGCUGCGAGCUGUCAUCGCGCUCAGGCCGCUGCGCUGCAGGCGUCUGCAAAAACGGCGGCACAUGUGUCAACCUGCUGGUCGGUGGGUUUAAGUGCGAUUGUCCCCCCGGCGGCUACGAGAAGCCCUACUGCGAGAUGACCACGCGGAACUUCCCCCCUCACUCCUUCCUGACCUUCAAGGGCCUCCGUCAGCGCUUCCACUUUACCCUCUCUCUCACGUUUGCCACCAAAGAGCCAAAUGGUUUAUUACUGUACAACGGACGCUUCAACGAGAAACACGACUUCAUCGCGAUGGAGAUCAUCAAUGAGCAGAUACAGCUCACCUUCUCUGCAGGUGAGACUAAGACGACAGUUUCACCGUACGUCCUCGGAGGCGUCAGCGAUGGCCAGUGGCAUGUGGUCGAAGUCCACUACUACAACAAGCCAAUCUUAAACCAGGCCGGACUCCCACAGGGCCCCUCAGACCAGAAGGUCGUCGUGGUUACGGUGGAUAACUGUGACUCCUCCGUGGCCCUGAGGUUUGGUCAUGUGAUCGGAAACUACACCUGCUCUGCACAAGGCAGCCAAUCAGGAUCCAAAAAAUCUCUAGACCUGACCGGCCCCCUGCUCCUCGGAGGGGUCCCGAAGCUUCCAGAGGAUUUUCCUGUGCGUAACCGUGAGUUUGUGGGCUGCAUGAAGCACCUGCGCAUCGAUAACCAGCACAUAGACAUGGCCAGCUUCAUCGCCAACAACGGCACCCUUCCAGGAUGCUCUGCAAAAAGACAUUUCUGCAACAACAGCCCCUGUCUGAAUGGAGGGACCUGUGUGAACCUGUGGGGCUCCUUCAGCUGUGACUGCCCACUCGGAUUUGGAGGACAAAACUGCGAAAGGGUUAUGUCCAACCCGCAGAGGUUUGUGGGUAACAGCGUCCUGCAGUGGAACAACCUGGCGGCCGCCUCCGUCUCCUGGCAUAUUGAGCUCAUGUUCCGUACUCGACAGUCCAGCGCCACACUGCUGCACAUUUCAUCUGGACAGCAGCACAACCUCACUCUGCAGCUUCGCGGGGGGAGUGUGUUGAUGGGAUUGCAUCGAGGUGAGGACUCGACUCUCUCCCGUGUGGAGGAGGUGCUGGUGAACGAUGGAGACUGGCAUCAUUUGCAGCUUGAUAUCAGCAGUUUGGGAGGAGUUUCGAGCCACCACAAAGCUGUGUUGUCUUUGGACCAUGGACUCUAUCUGGCCAGUAUGGAGGUCGACGGGAAGCUGCGGGACUCUAAGUUGAAGACCGUGAGCGUUGGUGGUGUACCAAAGGCUGAUGGGAAAAUUCAACAUGGCUUCCGUGGUUGUAUACAGGGUCUGCGGGUCGGUGGUGCUCUGAGUCUGUCUCAGGCCCGGAAGGUGAACGUGGAGCCGGGCUGCAGCGUACCAGACCCCUGCAGCUCCAACCCCUGCCCUGUUAACAGCUACUGCAGCGACGACUGGGACAGCUACUCCUGCACCUGCCUCGCUGGUUACUAUGGGAUAAACUGCACUGAUGCCUGCUCUCUGAACCCCUGUGAACACAAAUCCACCUGCACCAGGAAGCCGAGCUCACCUCGCGGUUACACCUGUGACUGUCCCAGCAACUACUUUGGACAUUACUGCGAGAAAAAGACGGACCUGCCGUGUCCCAGAGGCUGGUGGGGUCAUAAGACCUGUGGCCCCUGUAACUGUCAGACUGACAAAGGCUUUGACUCCGACUGUAACAAGACCAGCGGAGAAUGUCGAUGCAAGGACAACCACUACCGUCCUGAAGGCAGUGACACAUGCCUGCUGUGCGACUGUUACCCGGUGGGCUCGUUCUCCAGAGCCUGUGACAGAGACAGCGGCCAGUGUCAGUGUAAACCUGGAGUCAUCGGCCGCCAGUGUGACCGCUGCGACAACCCCUUUGCUGAGGUUUCUGCAAAUGGCUGUGAAGUCAUCUAUGACAGCUGCCCUCAGGCCAUCGAGGCUGGGAUUUGGUGGCCCAGGACUAAGUUUGGUCUCCCGGCAGCGGUUCCCUGUCCCAAGGGAACUCUUGGCACUGCAAUCCGCCACUGUGAUGAGCACCGGGGCUGGCUGCCUCCCAAUCUGUUCAACUGCACCUCUGUUACCUUCAGCAAGCUGGAAGCCCUGUCUGAGAAGUUUUUCCGUAACGCAUCGCUCCUGGACCCUGGACGCGUUCAGCAGACAGCCGCCAUGUUGGCCAACGCCACCAUGCACACACAGAAAUACUACGGCAGCGACGUGAAAGUAGCAUAUCGACUCACGCAGAGGCUCCUGCAGCACGAGAGCAGCCAGCAGGGGUUUAAUCUCACCGCAACGCAGGACGUCCACUUUACUGAGAAUCUGGUCCGUGUGGGCAGCGCCAUCCUGUCUCCAGACACUCGGCCACACUGGGAGCUGAUCCAACACACAGAGGGAGGAACGGCGGCUCUGCUGCGCCACUACGAGGAAUACGCAAACACACUGGCACAGAACAUGAGGAAGACCUACCUCAGCCCCUUCACCAUCGUCACACCUCACAUCGUCAUCUCCAUCGACCGUCUGAAAAAGAUGAACUUUGCCGGAGCCAAACUCCCUCGGUACCAGUCCCUGAGGGGCCCCCGUCCCGCCGACCUGGAGACAGCCGUCACCCUCCCUGAUUCAGUUUUCCAGCCGCCUGUGGACACCAAAGGCCACCGACACCUGGACGUCUUCCCAGAAUCGUCAACAAGAAAUCGCUCGACUCACAGGAAGAGACGACAUCCUGACGACAGCCAGCAGGACGCCAUCGCCAGUGUGAUCAUCUUCCACAGCCUGGCCUCGCUGCUACCAGAGAGCUACGACCCAGAUAAGAGGAGUCUGCGCGUUCCAAAGCGUCCUGUCAUCAACACACCGGUGGUCAGCAUCACAGUGCAUGACAACGACGAGCUCCUGCAGCACACCCUGGACAAACCCAUCACAGUGCAGUUCCGCCUUGUCGCCACCGAGGAGCGCUCCAAACCCAUUUGUGUCUUUUGGAACCACACCAUACUUGGAGGAAACGGCGGCUGGUCGGCAAAAGGCUGUGAGGUGGUCUUCAGGAACAGCACCCACAUCAGCUGUCAGUGUUAUCACAUGACCAGCUUCGCGGUACUCAUGGACGUUUCCAGGAGGGAGAAUGGGGAGAUCCUGCCCAUUAAAAUCCUGACAUGGAGCACAGUGGGCGUCACGCUGGGCUUCCUCUUCCUCACCUCCAUCUUCCUCCUCUGCCUGAGAGCGAUGCAGUGCAACAAGACCAGUAUCAUUAACAACGGAGCCACAGCUCUGUUCCUCUCUGAGCUCAUCUUCAUCCUGGGCAUCAACCAGGCCGACAACCCGUUUCUGUGCACCGUCAUUGCCAUCCUGCUGCAUUUCUUCUACCUCUGCACGUUCUCCUGGCUUUUCCUGGAAGGGCUUCACCUUUACCGCAUGAUCAGCGAAGUUCGAGACAUCAACUAUGGACCCAUGAGGUUCUACUACCUGAUUGGCUGGGGAGUGCCAGCCUUCAUCACAGGUCUGGCUGUGGGUUUGGACCCUGAAGGGUACGGGAACCCAGACUUCUGCUGGCUGUCCAUGUACGACACUCUCAUCUGGAGCUUCGCUGGUCCCAUCGCCAUGGUCGUGUCGAUGAACAUCUUCCUGUACAUCCUGUCCUCCAGAGCCUCCUGCUCACUACGACACCACAGCAUGGAAAAGAAGGAGCCCCGUGUCUCUGGCCUGAAGACUGCAGGUGGUGUUCUCUUCCUGGUCCUAGUCACAUGUUUCCUGGCCCUCCUCUCCGUCAACAGUGACAUGAUUAUCUUCCAUUACCUGUUCGCUGGGUUCAACUGUGUACAGGGUCCUUUCAUUUUCUUCUUCCGCAUCAUAUUCAAUAAGGAGGCGAGAAGCGCCAUGAAAUACUGCUGCAGCCGCAAGCGUCCUGAUCAUAUGAUCAAAUCCAAGGCCUCAGGCUACAAAUGCAACACCAACUACAUGGACAGCAGGUUGUACCACCUCCCCUUCGCCGACUCCAGCGUGUCUCUGAACGGCACCAUGCAGAGCGGCAAAAGUCAGCAGAGCUACGUACCCUUUGUCCUCAGGGAUGAUGGUUUAAGUAACAGCCAGGCACAUAUCGCUCUGAACGACCACACAUCACACUUCCAUGAAACUAAGGAGCACUUGGACGAUCACGACAGCGACUCAGACAGCGACCUGUCUCUGGAGGACGACCAGAGUGGGUCCUACGCCUCCACACAUUCCUCUGACAGUGAGGAUGAGGAGGGCCCCCUCCCACCAGAGGAAUGCUGGGAAAACCUGGCAUCUAAUGUGGUGAAGAGGCCACAGACACAAGACAAUGGUUUGAGUAAAAUGUACUGGCCUGGAGAUUACGCAGCAGUGACUGACAGUGAACUCACAGUCAUAGACCGACUGAAGGCAGAAACACUGAACAACCCUGAGCCGAGCUUCAGCCGUGACACCAGGACGUUACCGGAGGACAGGACGCAGGACGCCAUGACGGUGCUGCUGCCGGGUCUACCAAACCUCAACGCCCAUCCGCACAAAGGGAUCCUAAAGAAAAAGCAGCUGUCUCCGAUUGUUGAGAGAAACGGCCUCAAUCGUAUCCACAACGAGCUGUGUGAAAAUGUCUCAGGGGUGGCGUCCCCACAUGGAUCCUCAUCCAGCGACAGCCGGGCCGGUCCGGCUAAAUCUGGCGUUCCGGAUCAGCUGAACGGCGUGGCCUUGAAGAUCAAGGCGGGGACGGUGGACGGAGACUCGUCAGGAUCAGAGUCAUAGAGCCUCCUUCUUCACCACUGACUGCAAAAAAAAAACAGAGAGCACCGGACAUCUCCUUCAGAUCUGGGGGGAAAGAAAAAAAAAGUUCACCCUCUUCAUCAUCAUCAUCAUCCUCUGAAGGAGUGUGUGAGACAGUCUGCGUGUUGUUCUGUACAUGCGUGUAUGCGUGUGUGUUCACACAUGUGUGCCAAACCUCAGGGGCCCCAGCUCUGGCCCCGGCUCCAGCACACUGACUGACCGAGUCCCACUCUCCCUUUAAAGAAUCAUUUUGUUUACAUACUUGAAGCAAUGCACUUUUUAUUUACGCCGUCUGCACAGAUUCGCAGGCGGUUGAUCGUUUUUUUUGUAGUGUUUUUCUGUUCCAGGAUUUACAUUUUGUUUUUAAGACUGUGGAACAAUAAAGAGGUCAUGCUUUUGGGUGGGUCAUUUAGUUGUAAACAUUCAGGGAAUUCCUUUUCAUGCAUUACUACUUUGUAAAGUCUUGCCUGCUUAUGUUGCUGUUCAUAUUUGUGCCAGACUGAGGUCAGCUCUACGUCGGGGCUCGUACUCAGGUUUUACUUUACACGCCUGAAAUGUCCCAGAGGCACCGAGUGCAGAAUGUUCACGGACUGAGGAGACAAACACAAGUUAUUUACGAAUUUAUGGACGUUGAACUGAACUUGAAAACAAAAGGACUGAUUGGCUGCCCCUGCCUGUAGAUGGAAGCUCCAUUAUAAGCUAUUUCUCUAAAUGAAGGGUGUUUUCCCAUCUGCAGACGGCGCUAUGAACUGCCUUCAUUACCUCACACCAACGAGGCGACAAACCUGCAUGUGCACAUGGAAAAGGACUCGAAGGACUUUUGAUACAUCUUUGUUUUUAAUCACUGGGAGCUCAUUUUUUACGGACAUAAAGAGCGCUCUCAUUUUACAUCGUCUGCCCUGAGGGAUGAAUACAUUCAGCCGAGUUCAGUGACUUAACAGCUGUAUUUUAUAGAUUAGCUGUGAGGCUUUUGUCUUUUGUAAAAUAAUGAAAUACAUGUAAAUGUGUGCUGUAAGACUAUUUGAGCUGUAAUCCAUUUUAACUGUACAGAGUGGCCUGUAAAUGAAUCAAGGACAUAUCUUUAAAUGAAUCAUUUAAGUAAAUAUGUGUACAGCUUCACACAUUCACACUAUGGUUUUAGAAACUGGAGAGGAAUGGUCUCGUGUUAGUUUCUGAUACUGUUUUUCUGUCUGAUGUGCUGCAGAGGCCAUUUUUACAACCGUAUGGAUUUAAAGUGAAGUCUAAUGUCAUUUCAACGCCACUGAUACAUCAUCAGGUCUGUCUCUUUUACUCUGCCACUCCCGUUUUUACCGAUUAAACCCUUUUCUACCAUUUUCAUCUUACCUCAAUUUUUUAUCAGUGCCAAGUCAAAUAACUUUUUAAAAAUGUGUUCUUUUCCUGUUCUGUAUUUGCAUUACAGCUAUUUGUUUAUAUAAUAGUAAACACUGCUACGAUGGAGAAAAAAAAUAUUACAUAUUUGCUACAAAAAAGGGACCAGUUUUAGUUUUAUGUCACUCAUGUCUCACUGCUGUUACAUUUCUUUACUGUUUUUUUUUUUUAUGUUUUAUGUGAAAAACUGUCCACAAUGGCGCUCAGUAAUCACAUGCUUCAAAUGCAACACCUGUUUUAGAUGUCGACGCUGUAGUGUUACAGGGUAGUUUUUAGAAAAUGGCUGGUAUUUUUCUAUGUGGAAUAACUUUGUAAUGGAUUUCACCAAAAUUCAAUGAGUAAAAGAGACAGUUGCAGUUUUUAUUGUGGGUUCAUUGUGUUUUUGCUGAUAAAGAUGAAUCUGCCUGUGGCGCAUUUUAUAAAGCGAAAUACAAUAUCAUGAAACUUUAAUGAUCCGUGCUGGAAACUGGGCUGUUGCCACAAAAAGAAAUGAAUAAA